AUGGGUCGCGGUCGUGGCCGGCCCCGUAAACCGGCGGCUACGACUCCACUGGCAAUGAUACAUGUGGUCUCAUCAUCGUCAUCGACUCACUCAGCAGGCUCAAGAACAAAGAGGGACAUCAACAGCACUUUGGAGAAUCAAGGAAAAUCGAACGGUCCGCACACACCAACGCCACAACUACCCCCAAUUGUGGAGGAGAAGGAGACUACUCACAUAGAAGAUACACAAAUUGAAAAGCUCCCCUGGGUUGAAAUCAUAAAAGGUAACCGCCAAUCCUCUGCUCGAGCGGCUAUAGAAUAUUUUCCCCCUUUGAUUGUAGAUGGUGAAAUAGAGGUUAGCUUAGAAGAGCAAGAUCUUGCAUCUGAACUGAUUUUUUGGGAGAACUCCCUGAUUAUGUAUGUAAUAGGGGAGAAUCUGUCCAUGAUUGCGGUUAAAAAUUUCAUGAUGAAGAUCUGGAAUUUUGUGAGUUUGCCAAAUCUGUACUAUAAUGAGGAGGGAUACUUCAUUAUCAAAUUUGCUACUGCAAUUGAUAGGGAUUUGGUGAUGAGGAAAGGCCCAUACACAAUCCAUAGGAAACCCAUGUUUCUUCACAACUGGACAGCUAAUUUCACACUUGAAAAAGACAUGAUUAGAACACUUCCCAUAUGGAUCACACUGCCACAACUGCCUUUAGUCUAUUGGGGUGAAAGAAGUCUUGGAAAAAUUGCAAGUGCUUUGGGAAAGCCAUUAAUGACUGAUGAAUGCACAACAAACAAGUUCAGAGUCUCCUAUGCAAGAGUUCUGGUUGAGGUUGACAUAACAGCUGAAAUGAAGGAGCACAUCAACAUCAAGGGGCCAAAAGGAGAGAAAAUAAUCCAAGAUGUUAUAUAUGAAUGGAAACCUCCAUACUGCAAGAAUUGUAAUUUGGUAGGACACAAUUGCCAAGAACAGAAGCAGGGCCCAAAGAAAGUACAUCAGAAAUGGGAAAGGAAAGAGGUCAUAAAGACAAAAUAG